AUGGCUCUGCCUAUUACAAAUGGUACCUUGUUCAUGCCCUUUGUACUGACAUUUAUUGGGAUCCCUGGUUUGGAAUCUGUACAGUGUUGGAUUGGGAUUCCAUUCUGUGCUAUGUACAUCAUUGCUCUGAUUGGAAAUUCUCUGGUUUUGAUCAUCAUCAAAUCUGAGCCAAGCCUCCAGGAACCCAUGUAUAUCUUCCUGGCCAUGCUAGGAGCCACAGACAUUUCACUUAGCACCAGCAUUGUGCCCAAGAUGCUUGGUAUUUUUUGGUUCCAUUUGCCAGAGAUAUAUUUUGAUGCUUGCCUCUUUCAGAUGUGGCUCAUCCACACAUUUCAAGGCAUCGAAUCAGGAAUCCUGCUAGCCAUGGCUCUGGGCUGCUAUGUAGUGAUCUGUUAUCCUCUGAGGCAUGCUAUGGUAUUCACUCGACAGCUAGUCACUUAUAUUGUAGUUGGAGUGACAUUGCGGCCUGCCAUUCUGGUAAUUCCACAUCUAUUGCUUAUAAAAUGCCGUCUGAAAAUCUACCGAACCAAGUUAAUAUCCCACACUUACUGUGAACACAUGGCCCUUGUGAAGCUUGCCACUGAGGAUGUUUACAUUAAUAAGUUCUAUGGCAUCUUUGGAGCAUUUAUGGUAUUUAAUACAUGUAUUAUCCAUAUAUGUGUCUUCUUCCAAUUCUAUCUCCUUACUUUUUUUUCAUUUUUUACUCACAGAUUUGGAUCUUAUAUCCCAUCAUAUGUACACAUCACCUUUUCCAGUAUUUACCUAGUAGUCCCACCAAUCCUCAACCCCUUUAUCUAUGGGAUAAAGACCAAGCACAUUAGAGAUAAGAUAGUAAAAAUAUUCUGUUCCAAAGACGAGGCUUGA